AUGUUGGAAUGGUGCGUCGGAAUGACCACUCUGCUGAUCUUCCUCAUCUACUUUGCAUAUUUCUUCAAAUUCGAUUGGGUGAAAGACAUGAGAAUUGAGACUAAAACACGACAGAUCCGCAGUUUUUACGCGAGUAACAAACAUCGGAAAGUGAGCCAACUACCGCCGGUCUAUCCGAAUGGAUGGUUCGCUUUGCUUGAAAGUUCGCAGAUAAAAAAUGGUCAGGUGAAACAUGUGUCUGCUCUCGGUGAAAAUUUCGCGGUAUUCAGAACCGAAAGAGGCGUUAUCAACAUUUUAGACGCAUAUUGCCCGCAUUUAGGGGCAAAUAUGGCCAAGGGUGGUCGUGUCAAAGGAGAUUGUCUGGAGUGUCCAUUUCAUAGCUGGACGUUUCGCGGAGAGGAUGGCUACUGCGAAAACAUACCUUAUACUGAAAAGGUACCACAUGUUGCCCGUGUGAAAGUUUGGAAGAGCUGCGAAGUGAAUCACAUUAUCUUCGUCUGGUAUCAUUCUGAAUCAGUUGAGCCAGAAUGGCAACCCCAACCACAUACAUGCAUUUCCAAUGGCUCCUGGCGCUACCAAGGUCGCAAUGAGUAUCUCAUUAAUUGCCACAUACAGGAUAUAGCUGAGAAUGGAGCUGAUCCUGCGCAUCUUACCUCAGUGCACGGUCCAGUUAUGUUUCUCCCUGAUAACUUUUCCUGGUUAGCUCGGCACUUGUGGAUCACCUACACAGGAUGGCGACCGCAUUGUUCCCCUUAUAAUCAGACGGACGAAGACGAAGCAGCAAAGAGGCGUGCUAAUUUGAACGUGUCGAUUCACCCUAUCGAGAAUGACAACCGGAAUCGUCACUUUGCAGUCGCACAGAAUAAUUUCGGCAGUAAAGAGAAGCACAAGGCCGGUCUGCACAUAUGCCACAAGUUGAUCCUUCUGGAACGUUUUAGCUUAAUGGAGAUUGAUGUGCUCGCCGAGCAAAUUGGGCCUAGCUAUGUCGAGCUAAUGAUCAACACGUCGAUCGGACCCAUGUAUAUUCUGCAGACAGUAACGCCGAUUGAGCCGUUGCUGCAACGGGUGACUCAUCAGAUCUUCUCACCACCUUUGCUGGCACCAUACGCGAAUCUCAUUUUUUUGGGCGAGUGCUUGAUGUUUGAGCGCGACAUUAAAAUCUGGAACUACAAGAGAUAUGAGCGACAACCUAUUCUGGUGCGCGAGGAUCGAGCUAUCCAAGCAUACCGCCAUUGGUACUCGCAAUUCUAUUCUGAUCACAGUCCUACCUAUGAAAUGGCUAUGAAAGAUCUACAAUGGUAG